CAUUGACAAAAUGAAGAAAGGGGCUAAUAAGACAAGAAAUUUAAACAAAAAUCUAAAAACAAGAUCAGAAAGAUUCUUCAUGAAAAUAGGUGCAACGCCUUACAGCUCAAAGAUGCCCAAGAGCAGUUCAAUUCAGAAGAUCAGAAUGCGAAGCAAUUAAUUCACAAAAGACAGACUCUGAGAUAACCCAAGGGAAGAUAAAUGAUCUCAAAAUCAUGCAUAAAUAGAAUGGUAAAGAACCCAAGCCUCAAUAUCAAAAUUGAGGCUAAAAAUAGGGGUUUACAAGGAGAGAAAUCAAACAAACUCAGACCGUUCUCCAAGCAAGAUAAUGUUUAUGACAAGGUGUAUAACCAGAAGUGAUCUCCAGUCAUGCAAUCUAAAAUAGAUUCGCUCUCGCUAAGCUCCAACUCAGCCAGAAGAGUCCUCCUUCAAAAAUAACUCAGCCAGUAAAGAACAGAGAAGCAAGAGGUUUGGUGAAGUAAGAUACAAACAAAAAUCAAAGAAAAAAUUUAAGAAUGUACCUUUCAAAAUGCGACUGAAAAGACUGACUAAAAGAAAUAUGAGUGAAAAUAAACUCGCCCCAAGUACAACUAAGCAUCCCAAUCUUCAGUUAGACCAGACUAACGAAGCAUAUUACGGUCUUGACAUCAACACAGGCAGCCUUCUCCCAAUGGGCUCGCACAACCCCUCUUCCAGCCCAUUCCAAAAAUCGGGCAUCAACCCAAGCAGCUGAUACACCUCAAAGCAGAAUCUGAAACGAGGCAGGUCACAUAACUUUGAAAUCUCCAAAUAAGAGCACGAACAAGCGCUCAGGCUCAUUUUCGAACUUAGCUUCUUCAGUCGCCAGUGUGAAGAGGAUCAGUGAAGGAACCGAUCGAGAUUACGGGGUGCAAUUUAAAACCAAGAAAAAACGGAAAUUUAAUUCCAGAAAUGGGUCACAAAGCUCAGAGAUGACUGGAAUUAUGCCAUUAUCAAAAGGAAUUAGCAAUGUAAAUAUCCUGCCAAUCAAAUUAUCCCCUUCUAAAAGAGGGGGUUCAAGAAACAGAAAGAAUAAAGGAUUGACUAAAAUGAACUCAGAAACUUUUAAGAACUCAAAGAAAAAGAUUAGCAGUAAAAUAAAAAGCUCAAAAUUUACUCAAAAAGCUAAAAUUAUCCCUAAAAAACUGCCUACACUAGCGAAUCAUUUAAUAGCAGAGGUGGACAAAGUGAUUCUACUUAACAAAAAGAAGAAAGCUCAUAAGAAGUCCCAAAAUUUUCCCUUGAUCAAAUGUUGUAACUUCAAUAUUGACAUGACAAAGCAGUUGUCAUCUUACAAGAACGAGCCUGCUAUUGAAAACACGGUCAUUUCCAUUAAAAGCACCAAAGGAAACAAAAAUCAUUCAAUUGCAGCCAUUGAUCACUCCCGGAUUAGCAUGGAGAACAACAACCGUAUCGAGGAGGUCAAAUUUGACCAAAACCUUGAGAAAAGGAUGAACGAGAGCAAGAGAUAUGACCAUAUUAAUAGCCAAAUCUGAACUGAACUCGAAUCGGAUAGUGAAUUACAGUCCUGGUCCAACUUAUUCCUUAACAAUAACUCUAAAGACCUCGCUGAGAGUAGUACUAGUUCACUGGAUCAUAAUAAUAUGACAAAGAGAACGAAUGAUAAUAUCCCAGAAAAUACGUCAAAUUCAUUAUUCGAUGCUGAGGUUGCCCUCAGUAAGAAAAACUUACGCGAGAGAAUGACAGAGACAGAACUAGAAGAUUAUGUUAAAAAUAAAAGAUUUUCACUCCUGUUCAAUGAUUAUCCAACUACUAAAAACACAUAAAUUAAGCCGGAAUUAUGGCACUAGUAAGGAGACUAGUCAAGCCUAAUUGAGGGAGGAAGUAAUACGAAUGGUAUGUGAUCCUUGUUGUGCAUAAUUAUUAAGCGAUCUGCAUC